CCGGGCGCUGGCAGGCCCGGAGGCUGCGGGCUCCGGGGGCUGCCCGCGAAGUCCCACUCCUGGACCGCGGAGCCCGCAGCUCUGAAGGGUGGCCUGGCACCGCCGCCAUCAUGUCGUUGGGUACCGGGGAGCCGGCCUCGGAAACGGGAGAUGACAGUCUAUCUGCAAUCACCUUUGACUCUGACUUUGAGACGAAAACAAAAAGGAAAAGUUUCCACAAACCUCCACCCACAUCACCAAAGUCACCUUAUCACUCUAAGCCAAGAAAAGUGGCAUCCUGGAGAUCCCUCAGGACAGCAGGGAGCAUGCCUCUGGGUGGGAGAGUGUCUCUAACCCCGCAGAAACUGUGGCUGGGAACUUCAAAGCCAGGAAGUCUGACCCAACCCCUGAAAUCAAACCUCACCUUGGAGCAUACAUGGACCAAACCCCCCAGCAGCACUCCUGACUAUCUGACAGAAGCUUUAAGAAUGAAGAGGUCAGACCUCAGGCAUUCUGCCAGCAAUGGUCAUGUUCCUGGGAUUCCUGUCUACAGAGAGAAAGAAGAUAUGUAUGAUGAGAUUAUUGAGUUAAAGAAGUCAUUACACAUGCAGAAAAAUGAUAUGGAUCUGAUGAGGACAAAGCUUCGGCGCUUAGAAGAGGAAAAUAACAGAAAGGAUCGGCAGAUAGAGCAGCUUUUGGAACCCAGUCGAGGCUCGGAUUUUGUUCGGACUCUGGCAGAGAAAAGGCCUGAUACUGGUUGGGUCAUUAAUGGGCUAAAGCAGAGGAUUCUGAAGCUGGAGCAGCAGUGCAAGGAGAAGGACACCACCAUCAACAAACUCCAGACUGAUAUGAAGACCACCAACUUGGAAGAGAUGAGGAUCGCUAUGGAGACAUACUACGAAGAGAUUCAUCGUCUCCAGACUCUCUUGGCAAGUUGUGACACUACAGGAAAGAAGCCUCCGGGGGAAAAGAAGAUGAGUGCAAGAAGGCAGAAGAAAGUGAAUAGUGCUCUCCUGAACUUGUCUCGGAGCGUUCAGGAGCUUACGGAGGAAAACCAGAGCCUGAAGGAAGACCUAGAUCGUGUACUGAGCAACUCUCCCACUGUCUCCAAAGUAAAAGCAGGUUACACAGAAUGGAGCAAGCCCAGGCUGCUGAGGCGUAUUUCAGAGCUCGAAAAGAAAAUCAGUUCAGUAGAGAGCUUGAAGUUACGUCCCUCAGAACUGGCCAAGUCAAGUCCUCUGGCUCAUUCUUCAUCCAGCUCCACGGUGAACAGACAGCUACGAGGGGACCGAGACUGCCGGGAAGAGCAGGAACGUCUCCGGGGCUGCUGCGGGGAAGAGCAGGAGCGUCUCCGGGGCUGCCGGGAAGAGCAGGAGCGUCUCCAGGAAGAGCAGGAGCGUCUCCGGGGCACCCUGAGAAGCCUGAAGGGGGAGCGGGAUGCCCUACAGGCACAGCUGCUAGAGAGAGGGUUGGAGGUGAAGCAGCUGCUACAGAUAAAGGCUGACCUGGAGAAGGAGCUGGAAAACAUGAGGGAAUGGGAAAAGGAGAGACGAAAACAGGAGGAGGCUUUAAAAGAGGAAGUUCAAACACUUACCAACAAGUUUCAGGAACUGCGAGAAAUGGAGAAAGAAGAGAAAGAUGAUCCCAUGGAAGUUACUCAUGAGACCCAAGAAGAACAAGCUUCUGCUCCCAGCAGCAGAUACUCUGAACAAGACUUGGAUACAGAUUUUUGUGGGGGGUGGCUCCUGCACUCCCACCCGCCUUCCACUGAAAGGAGGAGAGACAUCGCCGCCAGGACCCUGCAGGCCCAGUGGAAGGUGUACAAGCACAAGAAAAAGAAAGCUAUUCUGGAUGAGGCGGCUAUGGUGCUUCAGGCAGCUUUCAAGGGACAUCUGGCUCGAGUGAAGCUUUUAGCAAGCAAAGCAUGUGACUCAGAGCCUCCCAGCACACCCAGCCUCCCAAAUCAGCCCCAGAGUUCUCCCACGCCCUGCAUUCUGAGCCCCAUCGCCCAGACUGAGGGCAACCCUGGACAAGAGGAGGCCAUCACCGUUAUCCAGUCUGUCCUCCGGGCACACCUAGCCCAGGCCAAUCACAGUACUACCAGUAAAAGAACCACCACCGCAGCUGGUGCUAAGAGGAGACCUACUUCAGCCACACACAAGGAAACCUCCUCUCCACCCAUCCUUGCAGCUUCUCCUGGGAAGGAGGACAGCGAAGCCAGCAGUGGGGAAGCUGUGGAGGACGAGGACAGGUUAGGGGAGUCAGCAGCCCCAGGACCCUGCUCUGCAGCGCCCUUUCUCUCUCGACCCCUGGUGCCUCCACCUGUGGAUGACGUCAACUCUGAUGACUCCGAUGACGUGGUCAUUGCCCCGCCUCUGCCCAUGAGGAAGAGCUCCUCCCCCGUCUAGGCCCCCAGUCAUCAUCUCCACACAGCCAUGGCUAUUGGGAGUAGGUUAGGGUUAAAAGGACAAAGCCUGUUUUAGAGGAAAGACAUAACUAAAAUUGGAAAGAUAAUUUAUCUUGUUAGGAAAAGAACAAUACCUACUUAACACCUCAACAUCUGCAUCAGUUUUUCUCUUUUAUGUUUUUGUUUGUUUAAGGAAUCCUGAGUGGCUUUAUCUUAUUCUUUGGGGAGCACCAAGUGGUCACAUCUCUCUCUCUCAUCUCUGGCUGUGGUUCAGGGGAGCUUUUUCAAUACCUGCAAACACAUCUACCCUGAAUUGGGGGGCAGCCAGGGAGCUCUGCAAAGACAUAUUCUCUUAAAGCGAAUUACAGCCUGCCAGCAACAUAUGAGGAGCCAGCACCACACCAGCCUCCUCAUCCUCUGCCAGCGUCUGUUCCAACCUUGGGCAAGCAGAUGUGCCCUGCUGUGCCCUUUGAAAGAAUGGGUCAUGAGACAGGCUUCCCCAUCUCUGCAACAAAAUUCAGCCUUCCAAAUGCUCAAGAUACCCAGGUUCCCAGAUGAGCUCUUGUUCCAACCCCUCCCCCUUAACAGACAGUCCUUUUCUCUGUCAUCCUCAACCCCUGGAGCACAGCUAGGAAGGAGUUUGGGUGGAAUUUUGUCACUGGGUAGACUCAGACUUUAAAAAUUCAAGAUAAUAAUCAUAGAACAUAGAAUAGCAUCACACUUGCCUUCGAAAAAAACCUCAGGGGAAAGAUUGUCCCCAAGCAGGUGACAGGUACGUCACCCUCUGUGGGUCCCCAUGGAGAGGAAGAGGAGAGAAAGGCACAGAGACCAGCUGUCACUUCAAGGGAGAACAAAGCCUCACUGUGGUGGACACUUCAUUCUGUGUCUCAAAACAGUCCCCCAGAUCCUUGAUGUGUGGUGGCUGCCGUACAGGCCAUAGGCUCCACAUUGUGCGUGCUGAACCCUUCCGAAGCUGGUAGCUGGAGCUGUUUGCAGUGGAGUUCCUAUUAGGAGCUCACUGUUUGGGUCUUUUGCCUGUUUGUGAGAUUAGCCUUAGGCUGAUGAGUAAAAGUGAAAAGCCUAGACUUGGGCAGAACUUCAGGGGUAAGUAGACUCCUGUCCAGCCCAACUCUGGUAUCUAAAUUUCCUCUGCAGAAUCCCUGCCAGGACAGACCAGCUCUCAGCUUGAGCCACUUAGGACCUGAGAGCUCCUUCUCUCCCAUGCAAGGUUGUCCAUCUUAAUAGAGAACUGACAUCAGAAAGUUCUUCCAUAGACUGAACUGAUGGAUUGUCCUGAGGGUGCUGCCCACCCUCAGGAUUCCCCUCUUCCUCAACAGAAUGCCUGAUCCUCUUCCACAUGGUAGGUUUCUGAUGUCAACCUCAGGGGACAUCAGACUGAGCUUGAGACCUGCACAGUGGUCAGAGGCAGCUGCUCCUGCAUAGUGAGGCUCUGGCCAGGAGAGAGGAACUUAGCCUUGUCCGCUUGCCAAGUAGGAGGAUGCAGGAUUGCCCCAGCCCAGCCCUGUCAUCUCUCCUUCACUCUGACAUUGGGCCGUACAAAGCAGAAGGACUUCCAUGGCCCUACAGUCCACUGCCUGGCCACUUUCUACUCUAUACACUAGGUAGAAAAAAUUUAGCCGAGGGCUUGGCUUGUUUUUUUUCUUUAUUUGAACUGUAGGCUGCC